GGAGCUUCAGGAUUGAAAAGUGAGAUUGUCUUAAUUUAUAGCAGUGAGGUGAAUUUGGCUCUAACUUCCAGAUUUAUUUAUUUAUUUAUUCACUUAUUUAUUUAUUUAUUGACAGAAUCUUGCUCUGUCACCCAGGCUGGAGUGCGGUAGCAUGAUCUUGGCUCACUGCAACCGUGACCUCCUGUGUUCAAACGAUUUUCGUGCCUCAGCUACCCAAGUAGCUGGGAUUACAGGCAUGUGCCGCCAUGCCCAGCUAAAUUUUGUAUUUUUAGUAGAGAUGGGGUUUCACCAUGUUGGCCAGGCUGGUCUCGAACUCCUGGCCUCAAGUGAUCCACCUGCCUCAGCCUCCCAAAGUGCUGGGAUUAUAGGUGUGAGUCACUGCGCCUGACCCAGAUGCUACUUUUAAGUUUGUUGGAUGAUUAUGCUCUUUAAUAAUGUUGUUACACAGUAUGAGACUUUUCAGCCCUCUUUCUAGAACUGUGGAACAAAAGCCAAGUGCCUUCACUUGGUCCAGAAAGAAGUGAUUUGCUUUUAUUUCAAUUAAAAAUUGGGAGACUUAUCUUUAUUAUGUGGCCCUCUUUUACAAAGAACAAAUUGCUUUGUAAACUCAGGUAAGCACUUUGUAUCUCUGAUCUCUACGUUCCUCAUUUGAAACAUGGUAGAACUGGACCAGCUAAUCUCUAAAGUCAUUUCGUUGGCUCUACCUUGCCUUAAUUUUAAGCAUCUGUGUGAUUGUACUGUUUCUUUGGGACUCUCUGGUUCCUAACCCAGCAUAACAUGUUCAUUAGUAUAAAACAUGAGUUUAGAACUUUUGGUUCAUAACCCAUUCUUCAUGUUUUGUCUUGGAGAGUUAAUUCAAGUGCUCCGUCCGAUGUCUCCAUUAAAAAAUGAGAAUGGAAGUUUUUAUCUAUUUCCAUCCUAACAUUGAAUUAUGGUGAAGCUGAAACAGUGCUCAAGAUGAAGCAGCUAAUUGAAGACACUGAAAAGAAUAAAGUUUAUGUUGCUAUGGUGACAGACUAUGGGGCCUUUAUCAAAAUCCCAGGCUGUCGGAAGCAAGGUCUGGUCCAUCGAACUCAUAUGUCAUCCUGUCGGGUGGAUAAGCCCUCUGAGAUAGUAGAUGUCGGAGAUAAAGUGUGGGUGAAGCUUAUUGGCCGAGAGAUGAAAAAUGAUAGAAUAAAAGUAUCCCUCUCCAUGAAGGUUGUCAAUCAAGGGACUGGGAAAGACCUUGAUCCCAACAACGUUAUCAUUGAGCAAGAAGAGAGGCGGAGGCGAUCCUUCCAGGAUUACACUGGGCAGAAGAUCACCCUUGAGGCUGUCUUGAACACUACCUGCAAGAAGUGUGGCUGUAAAGGCCACUUUGCAAAAGAUUGUUUCAUGCAACCAGGUGGGACCAAAUACUCUCUGAUACCUGAUGAGGAAGAGGAAAAGGAAGAGGCAAAGUCAGCAGAGUUUGAGAAGCCUGACCCUACAAGGAAUCCUUCUAGAAAAAGAAAGAAGGAGAAGAAGAAAAAGAAACAUAGAGAUAGGAAGUCAUCUGACUCUGACAGCUCAGACUCUGAGAGUGAUACAGGCAAGAGGGCAAGGCACACAUCAAAAGACAGCAAGGCAGCAAAGAAGAAGAAAAAGAAGAAGAAGCACAAGAAGAAGCACAAGGAGUGAGAGUAUAAAGAGUGUAGGGGGUGGUUGAGAGUAAGAAACCAGGAGCCUUGUGCCUUGAGACUCCUGGAAAGACUCAAUAGUGAGAAUAUAGCCUCCCACCCCAUUAACUUCGCUCCCAUGGGAGAUGGCUUCCCCUCAUGCAACAGGCAGGUUUGGGAGUUAGAGGUCAAAAGCAGCUGCCUGAAUGAGUUGUUGUUUCCUUAUCACUCCUGGUCCCUUUGCAAGUGAACCCUGCAGCUCACCCAUUCAUUCACCCAACUUCCUUCAUUCAGCAGGAGGUCCUAUUACCCUCUCCAGCUGCCACUGCCAGAGCUGGAUUCCUGUAAAGGAGUCCAGGCUAGAGCCACAGAGACUGUUGUGGAGGUGAGUUCGGCUGUAGUUAGAGUGAUUGGACCCUUCCUAUUGGUCUGUCCUGGGCCAACUGGUGGGUGAUCUCUGCUGCAUCCAACAUGGGAGCAGAGAGACUGGCAGCAGGAGGGGGGAACAUGGUGAGAAGUGGUGCUCACUUUUCCCAUUCCUCCUAACAUAGUUCUACUAUGCUAGAAGUGGCAUCCAGCGGCCACAGCUAGAAAACAGUCUGCAGUGUGACUUAACUUGUGUAUUGCAUUCCAGCAGACCACUGAACCAGACAGCGAAGCCAAGAUCAUUGUUCUACUUUGUAUUUACUACUGUGUGAAUCAGUUGAUUCUACUUCAGGUCCUUGCUUAAAUUCCUGUCACUAAAUGGAAAUGUGUUUGGUUUUAAA